AACUCUUUAUAAAAUAUAGUUACUAUUUUGUGGAACUAUAUAUAUUCAUUAUUGUUUUUCAGGUUUUUCCUUCUUCAAGACACAGGUUAUGCUUGUGGCACUUGAGUAAAAAUGCAAACAGUAGGUUUGGUUUAUUGAAGUCUGAUAAAAACUUCAAAAACGCAUUCUACAAGUGUUUAAGUGGGUGUAUAACACCAAAUGAUUUUGAAGAAACUUGGAAAUCUAUGAUCAACACUUUUAAGCUGGAAAAAGAUGACUGGUUCAACAGAUUGUAUGGUCUUAAAGAAAAAUGGUGUACAGCUUUAAGUAAAGAUUUUUUUUCUGCCGGUAUACUUUCUUCACAAAGAAGUGAAAGUACAAACCAUGCUGUUGGUUUUAAAGCAAAUAAAAGUACAACAUUAACAGAGUUCUAUAGUAUUUUUCAAGCUACAAUAAAUCGAUGGAGAAAAACCGAAGAAAAAGACGACUUUGACUGUACAAGGGGAAUACCAACUUCAGAGCUAAGUAUGAGUGCUAUAUUAAAACAGGCAGCAAAUGUAUACACGAUAACACUUUUUCGUGAUUUUGAAGAAGAGUUCAAGCUUUCUGUGGCAAGUAGUACAAUGUUCAAGGGAAGUGUAGGAAGAACAGUGUUUUUUGAAGUGUGGAUAGAAGGAAUAACAGGAUCAAGGCAAGAAGUUCAAUACAAAAUGGAAGAUUCAACCGUCACUUGCACAUGCAAAAACUUUGAAGAAUCUGGAUGGUUGUGCUUCCAUUGUUUAAGAAUAUUGCAUAUACAUUCAAUCAAUACAAUUCCAGAUCGUUACAUAACAACAAGAUGGACUAGAUAUGCAAAGAAACAGAUAUGGGAAAGGGUUGAUACAAUAAAAAGGGAGAAAGGUGAAAUCAACAAUUUUACUGGUUGGAGAUUACAUAUGAUCAGAAGAUACUAUAACUUAAUUUUGAAAGGGCAUAAGAUAGCAAAGGCCAGAAAAUUUAUCGAGGAGAAGUUUAAAAUGGAUAAUAAAGCAGUUGAUGAAAUCAUAAAAAAGGAAGAAGAAAGGAAGGCAAAAGAAGAAGCUGCAAAGAUAGCAGAACAAGAAAAGGCAAAAGCUGAAGCACAACGAGAAACACAAGACGGGGAAUCAACUAAUUCUGAAAUAACAAUUGUGCUUGAUCCUGAUCGUGCUAAUACUAAAGGAAAGAGUAAGAAGAGAAUAAAGGGUCAAUAUGACAAUUACAAGCAGCCAUCAAAGAAAGGAAAAAAGAAACACAAAGAAUUUGGAUCCAAGACACCCAAUAUUCAAUUAUUUACACCUAAAGAACAACUAUUUUAGUGAUGUUCUUGUUUUAUUAUCAUAUACAGUUACUUCAACAUUUUUAAACAAAUUUAUUGAGUGUUUAUACUAUAGUUCUCCUUUACAAUACAUAGUUACUAUACAUUCAGUAUAGUAACUCUUUAUAAACACA